AUCUUGCGUCACCACGCGGGGCCGGAAGCGCCCUGCUCGUGUGGUCUCUCCGGUCUGGUGCUGACCGUGCUUGGUGAACUUGUGUGCCCGUCCGCGCGCUGCGCUCGUGCUCGCGGUGUUGACCGGUUUGUGGGAGUUCAUGCUCGCCGCUGUGCUGCGCUCUCGCGCGGCCGCGUGGCAAUUUGUGAGGCGCGCGCCGCCGUUAACGGGGCUCCGAGGGGAGGACCGCGCUCGCGCCGCGUGCUGGCGGCCGUGGAGUAGCCGCAGUAUGGCGAAGAAACCUGCAAAGGACGCGGCGCUGCGGCACGUGCGCUCCAAGGAGAAGCGCGCAUGCCGGGAGACCUCGGGACCGAGCUCCGUGUACCUGCAGGUGGUGGCCGCUGGAAACCGAGAGAACGGGAGCGCGCUUUACGUGUUUUCAGAUUACAACCGGUAUCUGUUCAACUGUGGGGAAGGAACCCAGAGACUGAUGAAUGAACACAAGCUGAAGACGGCUACCCUGGACAACAUCUUCCUGACCCGAAUGAACUGGCAGACAGUGGGAGGCCUGUCAGGAAUGAUCCUCACCCUCAGAGAGAGUGGAGUACCUGGGUGCAUCCUGUCCGGACCCCCACAGCUGGAGAAAUAUUUAAGUGCCAUCAAAGUGUUUUCAGGACCACUGGAGGACAUUAAAUUAUCAGUAAGGACGUACACUGAUCCUGAUUUUACAGAUGGCACCAUGACAGUCACCCAAGUGCCCAUAUUUGCUGAGAUAAAAGAAGACAGAGUGCGGCGGAGCAGCAGUCCGAGUGGCAGUACCUCCUCCAGCCAGCGGAAGGAGCUGUGGAAGGCAGAGUGUGUGGAGAGCAGUGCAGAUGGCCAGCUGUCACGGUCACCCAGUCCAGAGAGCAGAGACAGAUCUACGCGGGACCCCUCUCUAGUCUUGGCAUUCGUUUGUAAGCUGCAACCCAAAAAAGGAAACUUCCUGGUGCAGAAAGCAAAUGAGCUGGGCUUACCUGUGGGGACGGCCGCUAUCGGACCCUUCAUAGCUGCUUUAAAAGACGGGAAGAGUGUGACGUACAACGGAAAAGAGAUCCAUCCCAGUGAGGUGUGCACUCCUUCUGACCCCGGGGCGCGGUUCCUGGUGAUCGACUGCCCAUCAGAGGAGUUUGUUCAGCCUCUCUGCACCAACGACAUCCUCAAAAGGUAUCAGAGUGAGGAGGACGGAGCCAUCCUGGUGGUGCACAUGACCCCAGAAUCAGUACUGAAGACUGAGGAGUAUCAGCACUGGAUGGAGAGGUUCCCCUCCAGUACAGAGCAUCUGAUUAUGAACGAGCAGGUCCACAGUGUUCACAACGUCAGGAGCCAGAAGAUCCAGACCCAGCUGAACCUGAUCCACACUGAGGUCUUCCCCCAGCUCCAGAAGUUUACCAGCCCGGAGUCUCAGGCCGCUCUGCAUGUUCCCAACGUCAGAGCAGAGUGUCUGCUCAAAUUCCAGUUCAGACCCAAAGUAGAGUGGCAGCGAGAUCCCAUCCCUGUGUGUGAUGAGGAGGAAUUUGUUAAGGAGGCUGCAGAGGUGCCAGACUUCCUGCAGGAGGUGGAGGAGUUCAAACGGUUCCAAGCGACGGACCCCGUCACCCUGUCUGGUAAGGUGGACCGCUAUCCAGAGGUGGUGUUUUUGGGGACGGGAUCAGCUGUUCCGAUGAAGACCAGGAACGUCAGCGGGACUCUGGUCAACAUCAGCUCCUCCCAGUCUCUGAUACUGGACUGUGGAGAAGGCACCUUCGGUCAGUUGUGUCAUCAUUAUGGCAACGAUGUGGACGAGAUGUUGACCAAAUUGUCCACGGUGUUUAUCUCACACCUGCACGCAGAUCACCACACGGGAUUGAUUAAUUUGUUGCUGCAGAGAGAGCGAGCCCUGAACAGUUUAGGGAAAAGCUUCACUCCAAUUUGUCUGGUGGCUCCUACUUCGAUCAUGACGUGGCUCAACCAGUAUCACGAUCACUGCCAGAGGAUCCUCAGCCACAUCAACUACAUCCCAGCCAAGUUACUGAGUGAGGGAGUGGAGGUGCCCAAGUUUAAAACCAAGUCCUUUAUUCAGGAUCUCCUGAAGAGAAACGAUCUCACUAAGUUUCAGACCUGUCUGGUGAAACACUGUAAGAAUGCGUUCGCCUGCAGUUUGACCCACCAGUCUGGCUGGCAGCUCGUUUUCUCUGGAGACACCAUGCCCUGCGACGAACUCGUACAAAUGGGAAAAAAUGCCACAUUGUUAAUACAUGAAGCUACGCUUGAAGAUGGGAUGGAAGAGGAUGCAAGGGAGAAGAGGCACAGCACGACUUCACAGGCUAUCGACAUCGGGAUGAAGAUGAACGCAGAGUUCACAAUGCUGAACCACUUCAGCCAGAGAUACGCCACCAUUCCCCUCUUCAGUGAUGACUUCAAUCAGCGACUGGGAAUCUCCUUCGACCAUAUGAGGAUCCGGCUGGGAGAUUUCCGGAUCCUGCCUCGUCUUCUGGCCCCUCUGAAGGCACUGUUUGCGGAGAAGAUCGAGGAGAUGGAGGAGAAAAGAGAGAAAAGGGAGAUGAAGGUGGGGAGGACUAUGGCUGCAAUAUCGAACAGUGAGGCAGCAGAAGGGGGUGGAGCCAAGAGGGAACAGGAGGAGCCUAACCAGGAGAUAGCCGCAAAGAGACUGAAGGCUAGCUGAGCUUCUAUCAGCAGGGUUCAGCCAGUGUAGAAGGACCUUAGCUGCAUAUGUAAUUUAAAGCCCAUUACCACAGAGAAUUGUUUCCCCUGCUCUUAGGGUGUUUUCUCAGCUGAAAACCAUUUAAUUUACUAAUUUACAGUUUUAGCGUUUUCCCCCUUGGUUUUGUUUGGUUUGGUUCACACAAGGAAAACCGCAAGUGCAACAAAAUACAUCCCGUCAAAUGAUUUAAGCAUGUUCUCUCUGCUUAUUGGGCAGAGUUUUUUGGGGCGGAGCAAGAAAGUAAAUACAAGAAGAAGGUUGUGUGUUCUCGACUAAAACUCAUUUUACUGUAAUUCAGCAUGGAGUGGUGGCAGAUAUGCAUUAGUUGAUAGCUGGGUUCAUUAUUUGGGUAAUAAAUUGGGUUGAACUUUAGCCAAACAGCAUUUUAGCACACACACGAGUUUUUGACAGUUGGGUUGGAUUGAGGUCUGAUCACGUUCUGUCCACAAACAAACUGCUCCAGAAUUAGUUCGUAAGCGGACUGAGACUACUGCUUCUUUUGUGGUUCUUGCUGUGAUUAUUUCAGUCUGCAUCCAAGUGCGAUUACUGUGUUCACACUUGCCGAAACGAACCACAUCGAGGGUGCAAACAAAUCGGAAUCUGUUUUAACCAGAGUUAAAUACAGUGGAAACCAAUGAAGAGCUGGUGGUUUAAGUGAGUGAGAAAACAUUAGUGCAGUAAUGAAUUCUGGGUAAAUUGCCAUAUUGAAUAUAAAAAGAUACAAUACAAGAACAGUUUAGAUAAUGUGCCCUUGAAGACCUGUGUAAUUAAAGAAUUCCAAUAUAUUUAUUUUCCAUGUUCUGCAGCUGCUCUUGGACUCCUAGGCUACGUUCACACAGUGGAUAAAUGUGGCCCAAAUCUGAUGUUUUGCAACAUCAUAUGUGACACAGGUGUGUUGGGGGGGGCAGUAAGUAGACAGAUGUAUUGACAGCAGCAGUGAGUAAGGCUUCAUAGACAGAAUAACAAGAUAACUGACCCCUGAAAUUUUGGAAUGAUUGGACUGUUGUAAUAAUAUUAGAAGGUUUGUGUCACAACUGCUCAGUGUUCCUAAUGAAAUGGCUGAAACCAGCCACAGAAUACGGCUAAAGCGUCAAAGGAAAAUAAAAUGCUUAAAAUGAUAUUUGUGGGUGUGGCUGAGUAAUGCCUGCAGAUGAACCCAAAACUUUACAUGUGUGUAACUCGUGUGUAACUAAUAGAGCACAAAUAGUUCAGGCAGAUAUCUGCUAGUGUAAACUGCCUAAAGCAAACAUCAGAUUUGGUCAGAAAAUCAGAUUUGGGCCACUUUCUCCUGCUGUGUGAACAUACUGUAAGUGCGCUGUAAGAGAACAUGCUUUCUAUAUGCAGGGGAAUUUGUAAAAAUGAAUGUGUGAGAUCAUAGACUGAGAAGAUUGAAUCAGAGGACUCUGCACUGUAGAACCCGAGUGAUGAGCGGAGACUGUACGCACUGCUUUAUUCUCACCACAUGAAUUCCUUAUUUGCUAAAUUUUCAUACAAUGUGGACUUUCUACAAACUGGAACUGCUGCAGGAGAUUUGAAGACCUGCGGUUUUGGAUUAAAACAGCUUGAGUUGAGCUUUGAGUUUGGAGUGAUUUACACUGAAUGUGUCAUUUUUAUUUCCAGGAUGUGAAUGCUGAUGUAUGUAAAAUUGUAUUAUUUAUGUACAAAUACAGCUGAUUUUUGUUUUUUGUUUUAAGAAAAUAAAAUAUGGAGUGAAGAAUACUAUGUUUAAUAAUGAUAAUUUAAUGAUGUUAAUUAAAGGAUCAGGAGUUGAA